GUUAUUGUUAUUGUUGACAGUUUUUUUUCGCGUUCCCGCCCGACGAUCAUCAGAUGACACAUGUGCUCGUUUGGCCGCCCUCUUCGGGGCAAUUCGGGAACACCUUUUCUGGAAACUGUGUGUUGCCGCUAUUCAAAUCAGUGCAUUAUUGUCGGUUACGGAAAAUAAAUCUUUUCGAUUGAUGAUUGAUGGGUAACGCAACGCAACCGACACGGGUGAAACGUGAGUCACACUCAUACAGCGCUAUAAAGGUGAUCCUGGAACCAGCAGCCACAAAGUGUGGGGGGAUGAUGGAGGAGGAAAUCUUUUAACCCGUCGCCAUACACACAACACUGCAGCAGGACGGACGGUGUCGGCUUGUUUUCGUCGUCGUGUUUGAGAUCAUAAAGAUUCUUCCACCAUCAACUGUUUCCGUGCCGGACCGAAAUGGAGGGAAGCUUCCAUAGCGUUGGGGAAACGGAAAAUCGAUACAGAUGUUCGCCUGGAUUCGCCUGUUUGCCUAUUUGAGAUGAAAUGUAGAACUUGGCACGUUGCUUCACGUUAUAAACGCGGUGCAUGGUUCAGCAAGUCAAGCCCGGUGCGGUGGAAUGAUGAUGAUGAUGAUGAAAAAGGGGAAUCGAAGCAGGCGCCCACCUAUGCCUUCUGCUGCCUUAUCUGCGGAACGUGGUUGUCAUGGGUGACCACUGCCAAUGAUCAAACAAAUAUGAAUUCUACAAUUUGAAUUUGUCGGUACAUCAGUCCACGCACUGUACCUGCGUUGGAUACGUCGUCAUGUUUACGCCUGUUUUGCUAAGCUGGAUGGACCGAUAAAUCUGCCUCUGAUCGGAUGCUGCUAUCACUUCAUCGGAACUGGCAAAACACUUCGGAUUCUCCUGGACCGAUACCGUGCUCCCAUGGGCUGUUGGAUGGGACCGCAUCCGGUCGUCGUCAUUUCUGCACCGGAACACUGCCAGGCUGUGCUGAAUUUCAACGAUUGUCUAAGGAAGUCGGUCUUCUAUCGGUUCUUGGGACUGCCCGAUGGACUGGUCACUGCUGACAAAUGCAAGUGGAAACAGCGACGAAAAGUUAUGAAUUUCGCCUUCACGUCCUCAAUAGUGAAUAAUUUUGUGGAAGAUUUCAAUCAGAAAGCUCGAUUGUUCGUUAACAACUCGAAACGCUUUGCCGAUGUUGUCGAAAGAGAUAUUUCACCCAUGAUCUCCGAAUGGGCAUUGGAUACAAUAUUCGCUACGUUACUACAAUUUGAUUUGAACAGUUAUCGUGAUAAAACUGAAUUAACGAGAAGUGCGAAAAUGUUUUUACCUUUAGCUGUAAAACGUUUGUCAAACAUUUAUCACUACCCCGAUUACAUCUACACACGAUCGAAAGAUUUUGGCAAACUCAACAGAACCCGCAAAGCUAUUCGACGAGCUACAGCGGCGGCAUUGGAUCACAAAUUAACCAAAGAGAAGACUUCCUACAGAAAACUAACCCCGUCGAAUGAGAGACACAUUCGACCAAUGCUGUAUUUGGACAUGCUAAUAGAUAUGUUGAAAGAUCGCUCCCUAGCUAUGGACGAAGAGGAUCUGCUGGACCAUUUGGAGGAAAUCAUCUACACUUCCUUCGACAGUAUCAGCGCUACCCUUUCCAAUGUAUUGCAGAUGCUUGCCAUUCACCCACUCGUUCAGGAACGAGUCUUUCGAGAAGUAACUGCAAUUUUUCCGAAUGAAACAGACGCCCUCAGCCAAGAAGUUUGCCAUCGACUCCUCUAUCUGCGUAUGACCAUUAAAGAAACGCUUCGGUUAUUCCCCGUAUUCCCUGUUUUCGGUCGAAGCGUAUCAACUGACUUCCAACUAGACGACCGCACAACUUUACCGGAGGGAACUCAGGUGCUUAUUUCAACGGGAAAGCUGCAUCGUGAUCCAAGUGUUUGGGGACCCCAGGCGAACAGCUUUGAUCCCGAUAACUUCGGACUGGAAAAAACUGCCCAGAGACCGCCGUAUUCGUUUCUUCCUUUCGGUGGGGGCUCACGAAACUGUAUCGGUACUCACUGCGCUAUGCUGUUGCUGGUGAUUGCUGUGGCCCAUUUGGUUCGGACAUUUCGCUUCCGGACAUCCCUACGAAUGGUGGACCUUGUGACCAGUGGCGGAGCACUUCAACGUAUCGAGAAUGGCUGCCGGGUGACAUUGGAACCGCGAUCGGAGAAUCAUUGAUGGCCAGUGCGAAAAUUCGUUAGAAUAAUUUAAAACAAUAGCUUUAUAGUUCAGGUUAAUUAUCCAUUUUCUAUUUGAAAAAAAAAAUACAUAAAGUCUCAAUUAAAAUUGUUUAAUUUUCCCUACUAAAAUUAGUUUCGCAAUUAAGAUACACAUAUGUAAAUCAUGUUGAGAUCGAAGCAAACCUUGCUCGGAAAAGGUCGUGUUUUUUUUCGGUCGUCGCGUUCGAUAUUUUCGUUGGCAAUACCUUUCAAAGAGAAAAUAUGGCGAAAUGUUUCGUUGCAUUAAUUU